AACUUCCGCCCUGAUGUGCAAUUCAUAAAGUUGGGAAUUUGUGUAAAGCCAGCAGCAACGGGGGAGGAGUUUUGGCUUGUCACAGUUACACUUAUUAGCUAGUAUAUAUCGGCCGUAUUAUUAUGUAUGGAAAUUUCCCGGUAAAUAUUUUCGUAUAUGCCGAAACAUAUCCCUGGUCAGCACAGCCGCUACUAUGUAUCGCAUCACUGCCGCAGAGCAUUUCUCCUGGCAACAGUUUCAGAACUGGACGUGCUUUGCUGAUCCCUAAUAAAGAAAUCUCUUCCCACUGAAGAUGUGGAAAGUUAUCAUCGGCAUCACAACUUUACUGUUCUUGGCGGAGAGUUGGUUAUCGAUCGGCAUCGAAGGAAAUCCGACGAUGAAUUGGCCAAUCAGCAGCACUGCUGGAUCUCGACAGCUGCAUCGACUCUCCCACCGCCCUUUGGUCGUCUCAGAUGACGAGCUAAUCUAUCGCCAGCAUCAGCCUCGAUGGCAUUUUCAUUUCCAUUCGGAGCGACAGCAGAUCCCAUCACCUUCCAUCAACCUGUCCAAAAUCGUCAAGCGAUCUGUGGAUAGUCUAGAAACCGAUACACUCGAAGAACGUCAAUCGAGAGGAGAACCACCGACAGACGACAGCCAGGACAAAAUCGCUGCCGUGGAAAAUGAAAUCAAUCAGCUUGCAGAGACCGUGAAUUCCCUCGCCAUCAAUCAAACAGGUAACACCGCCGGCUCUGCUGCUGGUAUUAAAUACCCGAAAUUCUGGGGAGUAGCGAAAUCGGUUGACGGGAAUGAAGAUUACGUCUCGUUCCAAGAGUCGCCGCUCCUGAUGUUGCCGGAGACCACCAGCAAUAACGAAACGCUGGCCCAGUUUUUCGGCAUCACCAACAUCUACGUGGGCGGACAGAGGCUCAUCAACAAGAAACAGUCGGAAUUGUUACCGGACAGCGUGGCAGCAAUAGAUUGUCCCGUGUGUCCCACCGUCUCCGCCGUCGAAUGUCCUACACUCCCCGAGCAUAUCAUUUUGACAGUUACAGCUUGCGAGAGUUUCGGUUCUUCCUUGGGUACCUGCUCGGUGGCUUCCAUCGCGUCCAGUGGCACCAUUUUCAUUUUGUUUCCGAGCAGCAGCGCCGGAAGUGGCGGUCGCAAGAGCUUCGGCCGUUACCUGAAAAAGAAGAAUAAGAACAUCGCCGCCAGCGUUGCCACUGCGGUCGUCGGAGUAGUUGCCGCAGCUCCCAACACUAAAGUCAAAAUGACAUGUCCCUACAUUCCCACAGAUGUUACGGUUACAACGCAAAAUGGGCCAGUGUUGCCGUACAAGCCAAGGGAAGAGGCAGGAUUCAUCCAACUUAUCGUAACCGGUACCUUAGCAUCGGAGAAAUACACAAUGGCAUGUGUUUGGGCUUCCAGUCCUUAAUAAGGACAUUUGUCGCUUCUUUUUUUGUUUAUUUAAAUUAUUCAACUCAAUUUGAUGCGUCAUUGUACAAACUAUUUUCACGAAUACAAAAUUUAUAACAU